AUGAAAGUUCAACUACUGAUUUUGUUUUGCGCUUGUAUAAUUAUAGUAAAAGCAGAUACAGACAGUGAUGAAGCAAAGUACAUUGAUUUAUUACCGGAGGAGGAGAAACAAGAAUUUUUGAAUAGAAUUGCCAGGCGAAUUCUAGCAGAAGUAAAGAGUGGAAGAAAUGCCGCACAGUCCAGUAUUGAAGUUACUGAUGAAAAACUCAAUGAAAACGAUGCUUAUGUUCAAAAAAUUAUGGAGGAAGAAUCUGAAAGCAUAAAAAAUGAACGUAGAUUAGGAAUUGAAUUAAAAAAUAAAAAUCCCAAAGAUGACGAUAACGUUGACAUAAGAGUGAAGCCGUUACAUGAAAACGAAUUUAACGGUGAAGAAAAUUCUGAAAAUAUAGAUUUAACUGCUUACGAAACGAAAAAACGAAUGAAAAAAGAUACACCUGAAAAUAGAAAGCCGACGUCAGAUGAAAAUAUACCAUUCAAUAGGAAUACAGUUUCGGAAAUACCAGUACAUGUAAUUUAUGAUGAUGAAAACGUAGCUAAAGGUAGCAAUUUUAAUAAUGAUAAUGUAGAAGUUAGAAAAGAUAACGAUAAAGACGUGUUAAUAAAAGAAGGGCCCAAUCCAACGAGUUACGACCAUGAAAAACAAGAUUCACAUGAUAGACAAAAUGAAAGUGAAAAGUCGGAUGUCAUAAAUAUGCGUAAAUCAAAUACUAAUAUUGAUUUAGAGGAAAAUAUAGAAAGUAAAGAUAUGGGCUCUAUUCCACAAACGCCUAGUAAUGAUUUUGGUCUACAGCAGGAUGAAUUUGAAAAGCAAAAUGCAAUGAUUCCAAAUGAUAAUGUUAAAAAGUCUUCAACAGAGGCAGAAAAUCCAGAGACGAAAAAAGGAUAUAUCCAAGAAAUUGAUUCCCCGCAAGAAAAUGGUGCUGAUGAUUCUCUUGUAAUGAAAUAUAGAGAAAAUGCUACAGAGAAUAAUUUAGAUACUAGGUCUAACAUGACAGAAGUGGAAAAGGUCACUGUCGAUAAUAACCAGUUAGUAACCGGCUUAACAACAGAUGCUUCAUACGUUUUGAAUACAAAUUCUGUUAGUAUUAAAAAUAAUACUGCCAGUACUUCAGGUGAGAUAUUAAGAAAUGAAGUUAAUUUGGGGAGAAUAAAGUCUCAGCCUUUUUUAAAUAACACAAAGGACAAGAAAAUAAAGUCUGAAUCAGAAAGUCAGACUAACAAGAUUGGUAUACAUUAUAAUAAGAACUUUACAAAUAAUGACAACUUGGAAACAUAUAUAGCGUCAAGCAAAGAUGAUUUGAUUGAAGAUAAUUCUUUUAACAAUUUAACAUUGAAACAAAAUAAUAAUUAUGAGAAAAAUACCAGCAAUGAAGUAAAAAUGAAUAAUAAAGGAAAUAGCAGCGAUAAAACUGUAUUACGACAACUCAAUGAAGAUUCCGCAGAAGAUGCCGAGUAUGCAUCCACAGAAGAAAUUAAUGUCAAAACAAAGAACUCUUACUCAUUUCUACCAUACAAUACACACAACACGAAUCACUAUAACGUGUAUGAAAUUUCUAAGGAUAACCCUCCAUUUGUACCGUCUGAACAGAAGAGUACUGUAGAAUUUGUUGAAGAACCGUUUUACGUUCCUGUGUACAAUUAUGCACCUAGCAAUGCUUUUUACAGUGCUUAUAAUCACUUUGGUCCUAAUUAUAAAGAAAAUUAUAAACUGAUUCCAAACAUAGGAUCUUCUGAAAAUGAAAAAAGUUACAAAAACAACAACUUAAAUAACCAUCAGGAUUAUACCAGAAGUAAUUUGCGUGAGAAAAACAGUCAAUGGAACUCUAACCAAAGUUCAAAUAAUUACGAAUAUAAACAGAGAAGCGUUGCUCAUAAAAGUAACUUAAGACCUUUUUCAAAAGGGUUCGAUGAUGUGAUUUUUAAACCUUAUGAAUAUUUAGAUAUGGACUAUUAUUUAGGAAGAAAUAGUAAAGAACCCGCAUCCGUUUACAAUUAUUUAACUAAUGGCAAAUCCCACAAUUUACCAUUUAAACAUAUGUCAAAAGAUUUGAUAUUGGAAGAUAAUUCAGGAGAUGAAGAUGUAAUAGAUCCUGAUCCCAGUGCAGAGCAAUAUAAUAUGAAGGAUAAUAUCAGAGACAUCCGAAAAAUACUAUACUUACAAAAAUAUAAGCAAGCAAAACAGACAUUAGACAAAAAAGGACUGGAAGACAAAACACAAUUAAGAAAGCAAAAUUAUUUACUUGAAUCGUCAUUUAGAGAAAACGACGAAACCAAAUUUGAUAGAAGUUAUACGCAUGACCCUAAGAAAAUUGACAUAGCAGCCGAUUAUUACUAUAGUAGAAUGAAUAAAGAUGAACCACUUAUCUACCAUACUAAACCCAAAAUAUUUUUAGGAGAUAAAAAUGCUGUCAAAACCGAUAAGGGUAGCAAAAGCGAAAUUAAGCCUGCUUUCAAAAAUAUUAAAGUAUUACAAGAAAAACGUCUUAUAAUCCCAUUUAGAAAUGAUAGUAUGUUAAAAAUUGAUCUAGACAUGACUGAGGGAAAUAAAAUGAAUAUAAUAUUUAGAGAAGUGAAAAGGUCUGAACGUAACAAAUUUCGUGCUUAUUUAUCAGCUUGCUUAAACGUAUUAAAGGACAUGAUUGAACAUGACAAUAAAGGGCUACUGGUUUACGAUUGGCUUAGUAGUACGGUAGAUAUACAGUCUGCAAUAAGGAAGCUCUUCGAUUUGACUAACAAUUUACAAAAACGUAGAGACGUUCAUUAUUCAGAUGUAGAACUUAUAAAAUACAUUAUGUAUCUGUUCAAAUCUUCGAAUACGCGCCACGAAGAAGAUAAGCGAGAACUAAUUUAUAAAACUCGCAGUGGAAACCACCUGGAGAAGCAUACUGUCAAAAGAAAAACGCCUUUGCCAAAAAAUUAUCAUAAGAAAUGUGGAGAGAAGAUAGAGAAACCAUUGCAGUUGUGGAUAAAACAGUACAAGACUAAAAGAACACCUUUGGUUGAAAAUAACGUUCUUUUAGAGUUUGAAGACUUUUUGACAGAUCUACAAGAAAGUUUGUAUGAGCUUCACGAAGCAAUCAAACAAAUCGCGACUGUAACGAAAUUUAACAAACAAGCGUGGUUCAAUGAUUUGAAAGUACUGCAUUUGUUACCAGUAAGCAGAAGUAAAACUCUCGGUCUUCUCUUACACCUGGUUACUACUAAACUCUUUCGCCUCAUAGAAGAGAGUGCGAAGAGUGGCUUGGAAGAAAAUUUUGUAUCCUACGUACAGAACCACCAAGCAGAAGUAGAGAAUACAAAAGCUGAAUUAAUUUUUGUUUUGAGACUACUGAAAGAAAUAAAAACAUUAUAA